AUGCAGACAUCUCUCCGUCUCCUCUCCGAUCCCCAUUUUCUCCAUCACUCCGUCAAAAUCCACUCUAAUCUGAAUUAUCCAGUCCAUCACAAUCGCAUUUUUGCCGCGCGGAAAACCGCAAUUGUAUGCGCUGCAAACAGGAGAAACAGAUAUGGCAUGAUCUCGAAAUCCGGCAAGCUAAUGCUGGAAUCGGCCUACAUCAUCGCGUCGCAUCUCCGGAUUCUGCCGGAGCCCGUCGAUUCAAUUCUGAGGGAAUUCGGAGCGGGAAACGGAGGGCGGAACGGGUUCUGGAGCGGCUUCGGACGGGGCGGGUCUGACGGUUGGAGAAGGAGGAGGAAGACGAGAUUGGGAUUGGUGGGCAUUUUGGUAAUUCUCGGGGCGGUGGGACUGUGGUGGAUUGUAGGCAAGGAAUUGGCACUGGAUUCUGAUGCCUUCUUUGGGGGUUUAGGGUUAGUGCUUUUUGGGCUUUCCGUGGAAGGGUGGAGAAGAGGGGCUAGGGAUUGGAUUCUUGGGUUUUGCUGCUGUGCUGUUUUGGUGGGUUUGGUCUCCACCAAGGCCGAUUUUCCUGUGUGGUUGAAGAAUUUUGGGAGCUUGAAGAAGUUGUGUUAUGCUGUUCAUGCUUCAAGUUUUGGAGGUCUAUAG